GGUUCCUUCAUCCUGGGUCUCACUUCAUGUUUUGGAUGCUGCAAGGCUGGGUGAGAAGAAACUCCAGGCAGCUGGUCUGCCUCAGAGCACUGCCAUGAACCACUUCGAGGCCAUUCUGGCUCAGGUACGGACUCUGCUCUCCAGCCAGCAGCCCAGGCAGGUUCAGGCCCUCCUGGAUGGCCUGUUGGAAGAAGAGCUGCUCUCCCGGGAAUACCACUGUGCCCUGCUCCAUGAGCCUGAUGGUGAGGCUCUGGCUCGAAAGAUUUCCUUGACCCUGCUGGAGAAAGAGGACUUAGGCUUGGCUUACUCCAGCUGGGUCUGCAGCAGGCUGCAGGCCCCAGCAGUAGAGAGGGCCACCAGCUACAGGGAUCAUGGAGGCCAUAGUCUGUGUGCCACCAUGGAACUGGGGCUUCCUGAGGGCAGCUACCUGGAGCUACUUAACAGCAAUGCCGACCCCCUACAUCUCUACCACUUAUCUGACAAUAUGGACCUGCCUGGGGAGGAGGAGACGGAGCUCACCUCAGAGCCGGACACAGACACCAUCAACUGUGACCAGUUCAGCAAGCUGUUGCAGGACAUGGAAGGGGAUGAAGAGACCCGGGAGGCCUAUGCCAACAUCGCGGAGCUGGAUCAGUACGUGUUCCAGGACACCCAGCUGGAGGGCCUCAGCAAGGACCUCUUCAUAGACCACAUUGGAACAGAGGAAUGUUUCAGUGAGAACAUGGAGGUCCCUGUAGAAGCAGGACAGAGGCCACCGAAGAGACGUUCCCUAGAAGAGCACCCUACGGACCCAAAGCACAGGAAGCUUGUGCCCCCCUCUAGAUCCUCACUGAACUGUUUGGAUCUCCCCGUUGGACACAUCCAGCUCCUUCCCACUCUGCCCCAGGGACUCUGGCAAAUCUCAGGAGCUGGCACAGGACUCCCCAGUGUUCUGAUCUACCAUGGUGAGAUGUCCCAGGUCAACCACACAGUCCCUUCAGGCAGCCCUACUGUCUCCAGCCUCCCCAAAUCCCCAGACCGACCCUGCUCCACCAGCCCCUUUGCACCAUCUGCAGCUGACCUGCCCAGCAUGCCCGAGCCUGCGCUGACCUCCCGUGUAAAUGAGGCUGAGGACACAACAUCCCUCUCCCCAUGCCAAGAGGGUCCUGAGUCUUCCAUCAAGCUUCCGAAAUGGCCAGAGUCUGUGGAGCGGUUCCAGCACUCCCUGAAGGACAAGUACCAGGUGGAGCCUGAGAACCUGAGCAGUCCCCUGGUAGCCGUGGAGCUGGUGCGGGCCAGGUUGGAGAGAGGCAGCAACAAGAGCCAGGAAAGAGAGCUAGCCACUCCAGACUGGACAGAGCGCCAGCUAGCCCAUGGUGGCCUGGCUGAGGUGCUUCAGGCUGUUGUUGAUCGCCGGCGGCCACGAGAGACACAGGUGGUUGCUGUGCUGGGCAAGGCUGGCCAGGGCAAGAGCCACUGGGCCCAGACGGUGAGUCAGGCCUGGGCCCGUGGCCAGCUGCCACAAUAUGACUUUGUCUUCUAUGUCCCUUGUCACUGCUUGGAUCACCCAGGGGACACCUACCACCUGCAGGAUCUGCUCUGUCCCCCAAGCCUGCAGCCACUGGUCAUGGAUGACGAGGUCUUAGGUCACAUUGUGAGGCAACCAGACCGGGUCCUGCUCAUUCUAGAUGCUUUUGAGGAGCUGGAGGCCCAAGAUGGCCUCCUGCAUGGACCAUGUGGACCUCUGCCCCCAGAGCCCUGCUCCUUUCGGGGACUGCUGGCUGGGCUUUUCCAGCGGAAGCUGCUGCGCGGCUGUACCCUGCUCCUCACAGCCCGGCCCCGGGGCCGCCUGACUCAGAGCCUGAGCAAGGCAGAUGCCAUCUUUGAGGUGCCCAGCUUCUCUACUAAGCAGGCGCAGACUUACAUGAGACACUACUUUGAAAACUCAGGGACAGUGGGGGACAAAGACAAGGCCCUGGGCCUCCUGGAGGGCCAACCUUUUCUCCUCACCCAUAGUCACAGUCCUGUUCUGUGCAGAGCCGUGUGCCAGCUCUCCAAGGCCCUGCUGGAACAGGGCACAGAGACCCAGCUGCCUUGCACACUUACAGGACUCUAUGUUGGCCUGCUAGGCCCUGCAGUCCGAGACAGUCCUCCAGGGGCCUUAGCUGAGCUGGCCAAGCUGGCCUGGGAGCUGGGCCGCAGACACCAAAGUAUCUUGCAAGAGACCCAGUUACUAUCAGUGGAGGUGAGGACCUGGGCUGUGACCCAAGGCUUGGUGCAGCCCACCCUGGGCACUACAGAGACCCAUCUGGCCUUCUCCAGUUUUCUGCUACAGUGUUUCCUGGGUGCUGUAUGGCUGGCACAGUGCAAUGAAAUCAGAGACAAGGAGCUGCCACAGUACUUGGCCUUGACCCCAAGAAAAAAGAGACCCUAUGACAACUGGCUGGAGGGUGUACCACGCUUUCUGACUGGGUUGGUUUUCCAGCCUCAAGCUCACUGCCUGGGAACUCUGGUGGAGCCUGCAGUGGUAGACAGAAAACGGAAGGUUCUUACCAGGUACCUGAAGCGCCUGCAGCUGGGGACACUGCGGGCAGGGCGACUACUGGAGCUCCUGCAUUGUGCCCAUGAGACACAGGAACCUGGGAUUUGGGAGCAUGUGGUACACCAGCUCCCUGGGCACCUCUCCUUCCUGGGCACCCGGCUCACACCCCCAGAUGUGCACAUACUGGCCAGGGCCCUAGAGACAGCAAGCCAAGACUUCUCCCUGGACCUUCGUCAGACUGGCAUUGAGCCUUCUGGACUGGGGAACCUCGUGGGACUCAGCUGUGUCACCAGUUUCAGGGCCGCCUUGAGUGACACAAUGGUGCUAUGGGAGUCCCUACGGCAUCAGGGAGAGCCCCAGUUACUCCAGGCGGCAGAGGAGAAGUUCACCAUUGAGCCAUUCAAGGCCAAGUCUCCAAAGGAUGUGGAAGACCUGGACAGCCUUGUACAAACCCAGAGGCUAAGAAACCCCUUGGAGGAUGAAGCUCUGGAUCUUCCUGCCAUCCGGCACCUUAAGAAGCUAGAGUUUGCGUUGGGCCCAGUCCUGGGCCCCCAGGCUUUCCCCACACUGGUAAAGAUCCUUCCGGCAUUUUCAUCCCUUCAGCACCUGGACCUGGACUCACUUAGUGAGAACAAGAUCGGGGACGAGGGUGUGUCGAAGCUCUCAGCCACCUUUACUCAGCUCAAGGUCCUGGAGACACUCAACCUGUCCCAGAACAGCAUCACUGAUGUGGGUGCCUGCAAGCUUGCAGAAGCCCUGCCGGCCCUGGCCAAGUCCCUCCUAAGGUUGAGCUUGUACAAUAACUGCAUCUGUGACGUGGGAGCCAAGAGCCUGGCACAAGUGCUUCCUGACAUGGUGUCUCUGCGGGUGAUGGAUGUCCAGUUCAACAAGUUCACAGCUGCCGGUGCCCAGCAGCUGGCCUCCAGCCUUCAGAAGUGCCCUCAAGUGGAAACAUUGGCAAUGUGGACACCCACUAUCCCCUUUGGGGUUCAGGAACACUUGCAGCAUCUGGAUGCCCGUAUCAGCCUGAGAUGA